AGCAAGAGAGUGAUGAGUAAAAGAUUUGUGUGCGGAAGUGUCGUAUACUAUUCCAUGUAUGAUUUCUCUUCGCUCAAUUCUUCAGACCUUCCAAAAUGAGUAAAUCAAGGACGACGAAGAAAGAGAAAAUAAGUGUGGCAAGCGAGAUUGACCGCAUUGAAGAGCGGAAAUCACACUGUAAAAACAACCUGGAAAGGUCAGAGUUCAGACAGAGAAAAGAACAACUCACGGACAGUGAAAGGCUCGCCCUUGAAGAUGAGAUGACCAUAAUGAAUAUCAGAAUACAGAAUUAUGAAAAGGAGCUGCAGGUACUGAGAGGAGAGAACAGGAAGAACAUGAUGCUGUCCGUCGCUCUGUUAGCCAUCAGUGCUCUUUUCUACUACACAUUCAUAUAUUAAAGAGGUAUUUUCUGCCAUGCUAAACACUGACUGAGAAAGAGCUAUGGGGAGACUAAAAUCCAUUCGUAACAUCAGUGUCCUUUCAUUGGUUUGUUCAGUGAUUGUGGAUCUGUCAUUGUCGCUUUAGCCAUGAAUACAUUGUGCCAUCUUCAUCUUGGCUUCGGCAUCCUGGAUUAUCUGAACACUGCUUUAUGUUUGCUGUGUAACAGCGUGACAUUAGAUGCUAGCGCAUCAGAGAGAGAGAGACACAGAUUGGGGAUUAAAUGUAUCUUUAUAUGAUUGAACUUUUUGGGAGCUCUUAUGAACUUUACCAGAUCACAAUUUCAAUGUAAGCAUAUACAUUUACCCAAUAAUGACAUGGUGGCGUUUCUCUCCAGAUCACUGUUUAUUGCCUUUCAACAGGACUAACAUGCACAAAGGUGGGAGGGACAAAGGGUGUUAUUCCAUCCAAAAAUAAAAUUUAUCAACAAAAUGUUCAAUUGAAAUAAAAAACAGCCAUCAAUAAAAUGCAAUACUGUCCCAUUAAACUGCUGUUUGUCCCUUUGAUAUCCUUGAUACUUGCAGCAAACACUCUCUUGCAAAGUUGCAUACAACAAAACAUCGGGCAGCCAGUUCUAUUCAGUCCUGUUUUGAGACUGGCUGAUGAACUUGCUGCUGAUAGAAUCUGUUCUGGCUCAAUGGCGUCCCCCUUUACACAACAAAGGAAUUACAUGCUGUGAUAUUAUAUUGUACGUACAAGCAGGACUCGACCGGCUCAGACAGUGUCUUUUGAUGGACACAGACCUUUGUACAAAUGGGAUUCACUAACUAGCCAUGUAGUAUGCAAAGUAAACUUCUGACAUAACUAAAAUAUAUUCAACCUUUUUAUCUCAAAAUAAAGACUAAGGAUAUUCAAAACAAUCUGUAAUUUAAAAUGUUCUAAAAUGCAUAUUUAUCGUCAUUAAAUGGUCACAUGUCGCAUGUAACUCACAAUCAAUACAGAUACGAAAAAAAGAAUAAAAUCAGGGCAUUGAUAAAAAGAAACAGUGCGUAAAACACUACCUUAACUCGUAAUACGUUGAUAUUGGUCCCACAGAAGUUAUUCCAUGGUCAAAAGAUGACUAAUACUCGACUGAUGAUGACACGUACCGGCCCAGUGAUA